AUGCUCAGAAGUGGAAAGAGUAACAAACCCAGGAAUUCCAGCAACAGCAUAACAAUGAAUUCUUCUACAAGGCUAUCAUCAUCACAAGCCACUAAUGAUGGUCAUAGAACAACAAAAAAACAACAAACUUUAUCGUCGUUUUUCUUUACAGCAAAAUCAUCAAAUUCUAUUUCCACAUCUACUACAUCAAAACAUUUGCAUUCGCAUUCGCAUUCUCAAUCCCAGAAUAAGACAACUACUGGAUUAGAUGCAAAUCAUCCUAUCGAUAUUGACAACAAUAAAUUCUGCCCUAAUAGACCCAUCUUGACUAAAAAACCAUCUCUUUUAUUAUUCGAAUCGCAAGGCUCAUUUGAUGAGGAAUGUGAUCCAGAUGCAGAAAUCAAUAAUUUAUUAAAUACCCCCAAGUUGAAUAAUUUUAAAUCAUUGAAACCAAAAUUAUCAACGGCUCCAAUUCUUCAAAGAUCUUCGAGUUCUAUCUCGUACCACGUCACUGAAAUCGACACUGAUAACGACAAUAAUGAAGAUGUUGCCUCUCUCCGAGAGUAUACCAAAGUUAGCUCCGGCUCAAGACAACUAUCAUUCACUAGCAACAACAAAUUUCAAGGAUCACAAUCCUCCAUACUGACGCAGUCCACACAAAGGCCCACAGUAAAGAGAUCCUUGUCACCUACAAGGACGCCUUCAUUCCAAGGCUUGAAAUUAGCAUCUGCCACAUCAAAGAGAAUAAAGCCAAUCACCAGGAAAAAUUCCUCAUUAGCCUCAUCUUCAUCUUCCUCUUUCAAAAAUAAUUCAUCUUUAUCUUCCAUUAAAUUGACAAAGGAACAAGAAACGGUUGUGGACUUAAUCGUAAAGAGAAGACUUAAUGUAUUCUACACUGGGUCUGCAGGUACAGGUAAAUCCGUCAUCCUGAAAACAAUUAUAAGGCAAUUGAGAAUGUUGUAUGGUAAGGAAGAAGUGGCCAUCACUGCAUCCACAGGUCUCGCUGCAACCACCAUCGGUGGCUCUACUUUACAUAAAUGGGCUGGUGUUGGUUUAGCCACUCAGCAUGCAGAUAUGCUAGUGAACAGAAUUAAGAAUAAGAAAGACGUCUAUAACGUCUGGAGAAAUACAAGAGUCUUGAUUAUCGAUGAAAUUUCUAUGGUGGACGGUUUAUUUCUAAAUAAGUUGGAGUAUAUUGCUAGAGUCAUUAGAAGGAGUGAUAAACCUUUUGGUGGCAUUCAAUUGGUCUUCACUGGUGAUUUUUUCCAACUUCCUCCCGUUGCUAAGAGAGACGCCAAAGAAGUUACCAUGUUUUGUUUUGAAAGUUCAAUGUGGAAAAGAUGUAUUCAAAAGACUUUAUUAUUGAAUAAAGUUUUUAGGCAACAAGAUGGAGAUUUGGUAAGUAUAUUGAAUUCAAUUAGAUUUGGUGAAGUCAAUGAUGAAAUGAUUCGUACCAUUAGAAAGUUAAGUAGAGAAGUUAAGUAUGAUGAUGGUAUUGAUCCCACGGAACUGUAUGCUACGAGGAGAGAGGUGGAACAAUCUAACAUUCGCCAACUGCGUAAUUUGCCAGGUAAAAAAUAUUUGUUUAAUAGUAUUGAUAUAGGUGCCCCAGAACACUUAAAACUAUUAGAUUCUUCAUUGAUGGUUGAGAAACAAAUCAUACUGAAAGAAGAUGCUCAAAUUAUGAUGUUGAGGAAUAAACCAGAAGUGGACCUAGUAAAUGGUUCCUUGGGGAAAGUCCUUUUUUUCACGACAGAAAAAUUAUUACUUAAAAUGAAAGAAUUAUAUGGAUCCAUUGAUGACGAAUUAGUAGCUGAUAUGAGGUUAAUUAGCCAAGUCAUCGGUAAUAGGAGGGCAAUUGAAGAUAAAACAUUUAGGCAGGAUUUACAAUGUAGGCCUUCUAAUAGAUUAGAAAUCUUGGAAACAAUGAUUAAUUAUGCAAUCGAAGAAGAUGAAAAGGUUCACGUAUAUCCCUUUGUUAGAUGGACUAUUGGCAAAAAUAAGUAUUACCAUGACAUCGUCUUACAGGAGAGAUUCCCGGUAGAUAUCCCGGGUGACAAAGUUGGUCUUGAGAGGUCGCAGCUGCCGAUAAUGUUAUGUUGGGCUUUAUCCAUCCAUAAGUCGCAGGGGCAAACAAUACAGAGAUUAAAAGUAGAUUUGAGGAAUAUUUUCGAAGCUGGACAAGUUUAUGUCGCCUUGUCUAGAGCUGUGUCGCAAGACCAACUACAAGUCUUGAACUUCAACCCCAGUCGUAUUCGUGCUGACGACAAAGUGAAAGAAUUUUAUAAGCAUUUAGAGACUGUAUAA